CUUUGUUGUGCUGUCCAAUGGCAGAGGAUUAGAGCGUUGCUGGCUGCCGGGUGACAGUGGAACAGUCGGAGCUGCGGGAUGUCUGGCCCGGGGAGUCCGCGCCGCCCUCAGUAAAGAUAUUCCGGAACUGAUUGGCUUCCUGUGGUUUCAUUGGUUGGUUUGGCUCAGGAAGAGUAGCAGCCGGAGAUGGGUGCCAUUGGGAUGUAUUGAGAUUUGUGGUGGUUGAUACACCACUGCUAGACAUCACAUUAACAUGACAGGCUCUAGCUCCACUUUCCACCGUGCCCACAGCAAGCACUGCCAUUCGCACAAUCAGAAUGGGGGGCCCAAGACCACUAAAACGUCUCGCUCCCGGAGCCUCCACGAUCGCCCAUUGGUGUCUUCUCUCACGGCAGCUCCAGCGAGCGCCUCUGGAAACAGCUCCGGUGGGUACUCAGAAGAGGAGGACAAAGAGCCUGGGGCUCAUUUUUACGUCAAUAAAAGUGGCUUCCCCAUAGACAGUCAAACAUGGGAGAGGAUGUGGGUGCACGUGGCAAAGAUUCACCCUGAAGGCAAAGACAUGGUGGACAAGAUCCGUAAUGCAACUCUGCUGGCCAAGCCUUCAAUCCCAGCGGUGCCAACCUACAAGGCUUCCAUGUCAAUCCCAGAGUGGCUUCAGUCAGUGCAACGCUACAUGAAACUGCUGCAAUACAACCACACAGGGACGCAGUUCUUUGAAAUUAGGAAGACAAGGCCGAUAAGUGGGUUAAUGGAGACGGCGAAAGAAAUGACCAGAGAGUCAUUGCCCAUUAAAUGCCUGGAAGCCGUGAUCCUGGGAAUAUAUCUAACAAAUGGACAGCCGUCGGUGGAAAGAUUUCCCAUCAGCUUUAAAACUCAGUUCUCAGGGAGCUUUUUUCACCACGUUGUGCUUGGCAUUCACUGCAAUGGACACUAUGGCACUCUGGGUAUGAGCAGGAGAUCCGACCUGAUGGACAAGCCCCUGACCUUUCGGACUCUCAGUGAACUCAUCUUUGACUUUGAAGAGUCCUACAAAAAGUAUUUGCACACUGUGAAGAAAGUUAAAAUUGGCUUGUAUGUUCCCCAUGACCCCCACACCUUCCAGCCUAUUGAGUGGAAGUACCUGGUCAUUAAUAUGGGAAAGAUGAUGAAGGCGGACAUUAAGAAGGUCCUGGAGAAGCAUGCUAGAGACAUGAGGAUGAAGAUCCUGAAGUCGUCGGGGGUCCAGUCACCUGUGAAAGAACGAAGAGGGAAAUCGGUGUCCCCUCCCAGGUUGCGGCCCAGUCCUCAGAGACGUGUCUGCCGGAGAGAUAAAUCGCCGGCCCCGAUGGACAAGAAACCAGCAGAACUGAGCACCUUGAAUGACAUCAGUUAUCAGAUCCGGAUUUAAUUGCACUUUAACUCCUCCCCACUCCCCCACCUGUUCUUUUGUAAGGAUUUGUGACUAUUUAUUAUUAUUAGCGGGAUUUUAUUUAUGCUCUCCCUGAGGACUUUUUUCCCCUUUUUAAUACUAAGCUCAAUGUCUUGAGAAGAAUUGUGUCUCUUUCAAUCCUUCCGCCUGGCGUUGUGCGUGUGAAGGGGUUAAACAUCACAGCUUCUCCCUCGGAGCUUUGUUCCAGGCCAAAGGAAAAAGGGAAGAGUUGGCAAGUGAAGGGUCAGUGAGCCCCCUGGUGGGGAAAGAUGGGAAUUGGACUAGGGGGAAACCAUAUCAUUCUUAACAAGAUUUUCCUUUCCUGUUCCUUACACAUGGCAGUGGGCCACAACGGGUUAAUCCCCUCCCACCAUGCAAUGGGACAGGAAAUACAACAUAAAAACCCUGCUUCCGCCCCCUGGCCGCCAUCUUUGAACUCCUGGAGUCUCCCCCAAUAGAGGGUGGAAAGCCGUGGCCACUGCCAUGUUCCAGGAGGAUCCCUGCAGGCUCAACAUUAAUAGUCAGGAAAACAUAUACGUUAUAUGUCCCUCUAUACACCCCGAUAUACGGCCCUCUAUACACCCGCUAUACGUCCCCCCAUACACCCCACUAUACGUCCCUCCAUACAUCCCGCUAUACGUCCCCCAUACAUCCCGCUAUACGUCCCUCUAUACAUCCCACUAUACGUCCCCCCAUACACCCCGCUAUACGUCCCUCUAUAUAUCCCCCACCCAUACACCCCGCUAUACGUCCCAUACACUGACUGCUGAGAUACAGUAUCUCACCUGAUGUAUAUACUCAACAAUAUUAUUAUAUUAUUUGUAGCUGUAUUAAAGGAAUAGGUCAGUGUAAAAAUAAAAACUGGGUAAAUAAAUAG